UUUCGUGGACGCGCAGUGCGAGUGCACGCAGCGUACGACUGGCAGCGGUUGUAGACGAGAGGAAAAAGGAGACCAGAGCAAAGAGGAGCUGUGGGAGGAAGGAGACGGGAGACCUCAGACCAGACGCUCUCAGGACUACGACAGAGAGACAGAAGGGUGGACAAGGAGAAAGUGGAUCAUAUCUGCGGCAUAUUUGGAGGUUGGAGCAGUACGGGGUACGUGGUGCGGACUGUUACGCACGACAGCGUUUCCCUGCGGUAAAAUCAGCCUGAGUUUUUGGACAGGAGGCGCGCGGCUUGCCUGCUCUUCCUCGUCCGAGAAGAGGGUUUAUAGCGGGGAGGUUUACGGAGCAGCGGACUGAAGGCGCACAGGAGGAGCUGGGAUGACCUGAGUCAGUCCUCGGGGCCCAGAGAGCGGUGUGCUGAUGGGACCUACUGCGCCACCAUGAGCUUACAAGAUGGCGGCUGCAGCUACGCCAGCAGCGCCAACAUGGCCACCACCAGUGGCAGCAUGCGGCGGCGCCUGGAGGACCAGGAGUUCACCCUGCGCGUCUACCCAGGCGCCCUGGCUGAGGGCACCAUUUACUGUCCCGUCAGUGCUCGCAAGAACACCACAGCCGCUGAAGCCAUCGAGUGCCUCAUCGAACGGUUGCACCUGGAGCGAACCAAAUGCUACGUGUUGGCUGAGGUGAAGGAGUUCGGUGGGGAGGAAUGGAUCCUGAACCCUGGCGAUUGCCCUGUUCAGCGGAUGAUGCUGUGGCCACGGAGUGCCCUGGAAAACCGCAGCGGCCUGUGCAGUGGAGACGACUACCGCUUCCUCUUGCGGGAGAAGAAUCUGGAUGGAUCUAUUCAUUAUGGCGGCAGCCUGCAGAUGUGGCUGAGGGUGACUGAGGAGCGUCGACGCAUGGUGGAGCGGGGUUUCCUACCCCAGCCUACAGGGAGCGACCCUCCGUCUGACCUCUGUACUCUUCCAGAGCUAACAGAGCGCGCCAUUUUGGAAAGCCUUCGUGCACGUUUCCGCCAGGAGAAGAUCUACACUUACAUUGGGAGUAUUCUUAUUGUUAUUAACCCCUUCCAGUUCCUGCCUAUCUAUAAUCCGAAAUAUGUUAAAUUGUACGACAACCACACACUGGGGAAACUGGACCCCCACAUCUAUGCUGUGGCAGAUGUGGCGUAUCACGCCAUGCUACAGCGACGGAGGAACCAGUGCAUAGUCAUUUCCGGUGAGAGCGGGUCUGGGAAGACCCAGAGCACCAACUUUCUCAUUCAUCACCUGACUGCACUCAGCCAGAAGGGAUUUGCCAGCGGGGUGGAGCAGAUCAUCUUGGGAGCGGGGCCUGUAUUGGAGGCCUUUGGGAACGCUAAGACGGCACACAACAACAACUCCAGCCGCUUCGGCAAGUUCAUCCAGGUCAACUACCAGGAGAGUGGGACUGUCAGGGGAGCAUAUGUGGAGAAGUACCUGCUGGAGAAAUCACGUCUGGUGUACCAGGAGCACAAUGAGAGGAACUACCAUGUGUUCUACUACCUGUUGGCUGGAGCCAGUGAAGAGGAGAGAAAGUCCUUCCACCUGCUCAAACCUGAGGAAUACCACUACCUGAACCAGAUGACAAAGAAAUCGCACAAACUCCACUGGGACAAUUACUAUGAGAGUGAUCUGCAGGACUGCUUCACAGUCGAGGGAGAGGAUCUCAAACAUGACUUUGAGCGGCUGCAGCUUGCUAUGGAAAUGGUCGGCUUCUUACCCACCACACGCAAACAGAUCUUCUCCCUGCUGUCAGCAAUCCUCCACCUGGGAAACAUCCGCUACAAGAAGAAGACCUACAGGGACGAUUCCAUUGACAUCUGCAACCCAGAGGUCCUGCCCAUCGUCUCCGAGCUGCUAGAGGUCAAAGAGGAGAUGCUGCUGGAAGCGCUGACGACCAGGAAGACUGUGACUGUUGGAGAGAGGCUCAUCGUACCGUACAAACUUGCAGAGGCGGGCACGGUGAGAGACUCCAUGGCCAAGUCAUUGUACAGCGCACUGUUUGACUGGAUUGUGUUCAGGACCAACCAUGCCCUGCUGAACAACAAGGACCUGGAGGACAAUUCAAAGAUUCUGUCCAUAGGAGUCCUGGAUAUCUUUGGCUUUGAGGAUUAUGAGAACAACAGCUUUGAACAGUUCUGCAUCAACUUCGCCAACGAACGGCUCCAGCACUACUUCAACCAACACAUCUUCAAAUUAGAACAGGAGGAGUACAGGGCGGAGGGCAUCACCUGGCACAACAUCGACUACAUUGACAACAGCGGCUGCAUCAACCUCAUUAGCAAGAAACCAACGGCACUGUUCCACCUGCUGGACGAGGAGUGCAAUUUCCCCCAGGCUUCCAAUCAGACCUUGCUGGACAAGUUCAAGCGUCAGCAUGAAGGAAACAGCUACAUCGAGUUCCCUGCUGUCAUGGAGCCCGCCUUCAUCAUCAGACACUACGCUGGUAAAGUCAAGUACGGAGUCAAGGACUUCAGGGAGAAGAACACUGACCACAUGCGUCCCGACAUUGUAGCCUUGCUCAAGAGCAGCAAGAAGGCCUUCAUCUGCGGCCUGAUGGGAAUCGACCCUGUGGCGACCUUCCGCUGGGCUGUGCUGCGAGCCUACUUCAGAGCCCUGGUGGCUUUCAGGCAGGCCGGCCGCAGACACACUCAGAAAAAAACUGGGAACGAUGCAGCAGUUCCGAGUGCUGUUGUCAAAACUGUCGACAGCUUCAGUUUCCUUCAUCACCCGGUUCACCAGAGGAGCCUCGAGAUCCUUCAAAGAUGCAAAGACGAGAGAUACAGUAUCACACGGAAGAAUCCCCGGACACGUCUGUCAGACCUUCAAGGCACCAACGCCCUGAAUGAGAAGGCCAGCUGGGAUGGCUAUGGUGUUGGCUGUAACGGUCGCAGCUCCAGGUCUGAUCGUCUGUCUUCGACGGGAAGCCCUGCCCUGGAAGAGGACGGGAUCUUUCUUAACUCUACCAGCAGCAAGCUCCUGGAGAGAGCUCAGGGCAUCCUACUGAGAAACAAAAACUGCAAAAGCAAGCCGACCCUUCCCAAGCACUUGUUGGACGUGAAGUCUCUGCGCUACCUGAGCAGCGUGACGCUCCACGACCGCAUCACUAAAUCUCUGCUUCACCUGCACAAGAAGAAGAAACCGCCCAGCAUCAGCGCACAGUUCCAGGCGUCUCUCAAUAAGCUGAUGGAGACUCUUGAUCAGUCAGAGCCGUACUUUGUCAAGUGUAUUCGCUCCAAUGCUGAGAAGCUGCCGUUGCGUUUCAAUGACAGCCUGGUGCUUAGACAGCUCAGAUACACAGGUAUGCUGGAAACCGUCCGGAUCCGACAAUCAGGAUACAGUAUCAAGUACACCUUCCAGGACUUUGUGCAUCACUUUCAUGUGCUGCUGCCCCGAGGCACGAGUCCAACCAAGUCAGGCAUCAGGGAGUUUUUCAGACGGAUCCACCUGCCACCUGCUGGGUAUCAAGUGGGCAACACAAUGGUGUUCCUGCGGGAGGCAGAGCGUCAGCGUCUUCAGACCUCCCUCCACCAGGAAGUCCUGCGGCGAAUUGUCAUGCUGCAGCGCCGCUUCAGAGCCAUCCUGGAGAGGAAGCACUUUGUUAACAUGAGGAGGGCCACCUGUGUCAUCCAGCGAUGGUGGCGAAGAUGCCUUCUCAAAGAGUCCACCAUUGACAUGAGUUAUGAGGAGGAGGCGGCGGUGUGUCUGCAGGCGGCCUGGAGGAGCUACAGAGAACGCAGGAGGUUCCUGCAGUGGCGGGACUCCGCCAUUGUUAUACAGAGGAGCUGGAGACAUUGGUGUCAUCGCAGAUGUUUGGCAGCUGUAACGGUUCAAACAGCCUGGAGAGGAUUCAGGGAGAGGAAUCGCUUCUGUCGGACGUACAGGGGUGUGACACAGCUGCAGGCGCUGGCCAGGGGAUACCUGACUCGACUCAGGUUCAGUGAAAUGAAGGAGCAGCAUGAAAGACAACUUGGUCUACCAGCAGAGAUGGAUGCAGGAACCAUGGAGGACCUCCCCUCAUCAGAACAGGAAGGUUACGUCCAGGAUAUCUCUGGAGAACUUUCUGAAGACUCUAAGCCUGUUCUGUUCGAUGUGGGAGAGACAGAAAAAGAAGAGGACUCCGAGCGAAGUAGGAGCAUAGAUGAGAUGAGUUACAAGAGUCGGUCGAAACGAGAGAGCAGACGGAUGAGAGAGCUGGAGCAGGCUCAGUUCAGCUUAGAGCUUCUCAAGGUCCGAACCACCAGCGUGGGAGGUCCUCUGCAAGAAGACUCAGUCCCAGACAGCACCACCUGUCAGCUGGAAGACCAUCACAGACUUUCACCACGGGGAUCUCCAGCUAGUCAUGGAAGUUUUGAACUGCUCAGUGUGGAAGACAUGGAGACUGAAGGCUCAGGAGGUUUUGUUUCCCAGUCGACUGUAACUCAUGAACAUCCCCAAGCACUGGAUAUGCAACUACACGAGGGGCUGAGAGAUUCAAACUAUAAUGAAAAACCUGUGAUGGAGCCACAAAACAAGACAGAGGGUCCAAGGGCAACAUUUUAUAUUGCUUCUGACCAAAGUCCAGUACAUGAACCAAAAUUUGAAAGCCCCAGCAAACCUUCCAAAGAGAGAAGAGAGUCCACAUCUCGAAGGCCUGUAGUGGUGUUGAUCAGUAUGCAGAAGGAGAGCCCUGUGGAGGAGGGGGAGCUGCUGGCAGCCCAAACCCUAGAAAGAGCUCCUGAAACAGAAGCAGCAUCAUCCGAUUCCCAAAUGACCCCCAUUGCAGGUUUGGAUGUAGCAUCAGAGAUGGAACAGCCUAAUGGGAGUGGUGCAUUUGAUGUGGUCCCGUCUUCAUCUGCCCAUGAAUUAAGUCCAGAAGUACCCGGGAUUUGCUCCUCAGAGGUGGACAUCCAGAUCAUUCUUGAGCCAAAGGACAUUGUCCCAGCUGUUCUCCCCAGUCAGCAGGAAGGGAAGGCGAUCCGGCCAGCACAGGAGGCUCCCAACCCGGUCCUGGACACCAAACCUCCAAAAGCUCAGAAGAAGAGCUCAGCCCAGACUGUGAUUGUGAACAUGUUGGAGAAACCCUCCAACACUGUGUUCUCCCCACCCAGACGCAAGCUGCCCUUCUCCAAGUCAGAUAAGGAUUUGGUGAACCAGGAAAGAUCUCUGGCCAUGUACGACUCCAAAUCUGCUGGAUCCAGAAACAGAGAGCAGGUGGGCCGCCCCGGCCCCAAAAAGAAAGCGCGGAUGUCCCGGACACGCUCUGACUUCCUCACCCGCUGUAACUCUGAGGGGGCGACCCAGUCAGACGACGAUGACGAAUACUACAUCCCCGCCCACUCCCACACGCUGCCCCCAUCCCUGUCUCCCUCAUGCGUCCACCCUGAGGCUGACUGUCACAGUGACUCCGAGAUGCCAUCUCACAAAGACCAGAAGAAGAUCCAUAAGACCAUGUCAUCAGGAGACCUGGGCAAGGUGGAGGUCCUCAGGAAAACCUCCAGUCAGGAUGGAAGCAGGAUGAGAGGAAAGAUGAGAUUCUGGAGUAAGACGAAGCACUCAGAGAAAAAACUUUCAAGAGAGAAGCAGGGCAGCAGGAGCGAAGCUGGAGAGUCACAAGAAGGCCCUUCUCCUCCUCACAGUCCAGAUUUGGAGGCAGCCUCUUCUCGGGGGCUCAGGGAUAGUAAGGAGAACAAGGAGCCGUCUCCUAAGAUGAGGAGGCGUCGCAGUGUGAAGAUCAGCAGCAUCGCUCUGGAACCCGCCCAGUGGCAAAACGACGCACUACACAUCCUCACCUCGGCCCACGACUACCGCAGCAUGAACGACUUCCUCAUGAAGAAGAUCGCUGACCUAGACUCUGAGGAUGGUAAGAAGGACACCAUGGUGGAUGUCGUCUUCAAAAAAGCGCUGAAGGAGUUCAGGAUCAACAUCUUCAACUCCUACUCCACUGCCCUGGCGAUGGAUGAUGGGAAGAGUAUCCGUUACAAGGAUCUCUAUGCCCUGUUCGAGCACAUCCUGGAGAAGUCCAUGCGUCUGGAGCAGAGGGACUGGAGUGAAUCACCGGUGAAGGUGUGGGUCAACACCUUCAAGGUUUUCCUGGACGAGUUUAUGACAGAGUUUAAGCCCAUGGAGGGAACUAUCGGCAGGGCUCCUAAACGUGAACGCAAGAAGUCGAGGAAAAAGGAAACGGACAUUGUGGAAGAACACAACGGCCACAUCUUCAAGUCCACACAGUACAGUAUCCCCACCUACUGCGAGUACUGCUCCUCACUCAUCUGGAUGAUGGAUCGAGCCUGCGUCUGCAAAUUGUGUCGCUACGCCUGCCACAGGAAGUGCUGCUCCAAGAUGACCACCAAGUGCAGUAAAAAGUAUGAUCCGGAGCUGUCGUCUCGGCAGUAUGGUGUGGAGUUGUCCCGUCUGACCAGCGAGGAGCGAACAGUGCCUCAGCUGGUGGAGAAACUCAUAAACUACAUCGAGAUGCACGGCCUCUACACAGAGGGAAUCUACAGGAAGUCGGGCUCCACCAAUAAGAUCAAAGAACUCCGCCAGGGGCUGGACACAGAUGUGAGCAGUGUGAACCUGGAUGACUACAACAUCCAUGUCAUUGCCAGCGUUCUCAAACAGUGGCUUCGUGACCUGCCCAGCCCUCUCAUGACCUUUGAACUGUAUGAGGAGUUCCUCAGGGCCAUGGGUCAGCCAGACAAGCGGGAGGUGAUACGAGGGGUGUAUUCGGUGAUCGACCAGCUCAGCAGGACACACCUCAGCACACUGGAGCGCCUCAUCUUCCAUCUGGUCAGGAUCGCCCUGCAGGAGGAGACUAACAGGAUGUCAGCCAACGCCCUCGCCAUUGUGUUCGCUCCCUGCAUCCUUCGCUGCCCAGACACCAUCGACCCGCUGCAGAGCGUCCAAGACAUCAGCAAAACCACAGCGUGUGUAGAGCUGAUCAUCAAUGAGCAGAUGAGCAAGUACAAAGCUCGUCUGAAGGACAUCAGCAGUCUGGAGUUUGCAGAAAGCAAAGCCAAGAGCCGACUGACCCACAUCAGGAAGUCCAUGAAACCUGUACUAAUUGCUGUUAGGUUUAUGAGCAUAACCCGCACUGCCACCCCGCCUAACACAGCUAAACUUAAGAGCAAAGGUCGGGUUCGGCAGAGCAGCACCCACACGCCCUCGCCUCCCCUCAGCCCCAAGGUUCUCCCUGUGGUGGAUGGAGAAGGAGGAGGAGGAGGAGGAGGAGGAGGAGGAGGAGGAGAGGAUGCAGUUGAGGCUGGGCUGAACGAGCAGCAGCAGCUGGCGAUGCAGCAAGAGGAGCGAAUCCUCACCGAGCAGAUCGAGAGUCUGCAGAAAGAGAAGGAGGAACUGACGUAUGAGAUGUUGAUCUUGGAGCCGCGGGCGUCCGAUGAUGAGACUCCUGAAUCUGAAGCUUCCAUCGGCACAGCAGACAGCUCUGAGAACAUCACCAUGGAGACGGAGGGAGCCACCUCAGACCCCUCUGACCGUGGCACUUAUCGCUCUAGAAAGUCGGAUGCAAAGGGAAGGCGAGGUUUGCGCCGCCAGCCCGACUCCCAAGACUCUGCGGAUUCCACCUCCACCAUCUCCUCCUCCUACCACCCCUCUUCCUCUCUCUCCUCCAACGCCUCUGGCUCUCCCUCCCCACACUACCGGUUCCGCUCCUCCUCCUCCGGGCCCCUCCUCACCUCCUGUGGGUUGGGUGCCCCGUUGGCUGAGGCAGAGGGGAGCCAAAAAGCUGGUAAGACUCGCCACAGGCUCAGGCUAAGCCGCAGCUCACCACGCGAACCCUCGGGAAGCCACCGGAGGGAGUCAGACUUCAGCUCGGGGCCACAGCAGCUGGUUCUGUACGGCAGCAACGAGUUCAUGGUGUGAAGCCGAGGAGGGAAGGAACGCCCGUCGCCGCCUGUUUGAGUGCAGGAGGGUGUACGAGAAGGGGAGGAGGGAGAGUCCGGGGUUGAACGAGGCUGGUCACGGGGUUAGGUUUGUGCCCAGUCUCACCUGCUGCCCCUCCUCAGUGCCCACCUCCCUCCUCCCCUGGUCCAGUCAAAGCAUAAAGCUGUGGGAAUAAAAGAAGAGAAGAGGGACAAAAUGACAGAUGGUCAGAGAAAGCGGACUGAUGACUAAUGUGAACGGCAGAAAGCUGGAACAGUGUGAAGUAAAAAAAACGUGGUUGGUCAUGUUUAUUGACCCUCUGAUCUCAGAGCCGUUUGACCCCUGCUGGAGCCCCAGGGUCGGUUAGAGGAGAGAGAGAGAAGAAGGGAAGGACGGGUGGUGAGACAGACAGAGAAAACCCACACCUGCAAAGCCAAAUCUUAUAGUGCCCCAUCUUUAGUUUUCAGUAUGUGGGCAAGUGGUUAAAGCCACCCAGAAGAAAUGUAGCCAUACUGACUGAACUGGUGGACAUUUUGUCUGUAACCAGUGCCAAGCUAAGUCUGCUUUUCACGUUUACACAGGACACACCAGCCAACAGGCUGCAUGCUCCAUCACACCUUUACCAAUGUCAGUUUGAAGACACUGUACAGGAAUACGUUACAGCUGUAUGUUACAUUAUUAUUAUUAUUAUUAUUAUUAUUUUACAGAGGAAAAAAGUGUACAUAGAAAGAAACUCCAGUGCUGCUCCUGGGUCGUUCAUUGUUGAUUAGUCUCUAUUUCCUGUUUCUCUAUUUUGCAAAGUUUCGUGUCUGGAAUUUAGGUUCCACUUUUGAUUCUGUGCUGGUUUUGCUGGCCUUGCCGUCAUUUGGUUUUUCUCUUUUCCUAUUUCACAAUAAACAGAGCCAGUUGUGGGUGUCCCCGGGUAAUACUCUUGGGGAAACAAUUGAAGGAAAAGCUGUUGAUCACAGCUCACAGUGCUACGUGUCUGGUGUCACGUUUACUUGACAUGUGGUGUCAAAUGUCAAUCAGCCAUAAGUGUAUUGUAUCUGCCUUUCCCUGCAAACUUUUUGUUUUUCCUUCUGUUUUAUUCAGAAACAUCAGUGUUACUACAUCAGGACUUGAAUUUAUAUAUAAUAUAUAUAUAUAUAUAUAUAUAUAUAUACAUGUGUAUGUGUGUGUAUAUAUAUAUAUUAUUGCUGUCUUAUAUGUGUUUUUGUGGACAAUAUUGUUUCAAGGUUUGUUUUUGUUCACAUAAAAGCCAUUUUUCAUGUGUGUGUGUGUGUUUGUGCAUGUCUGAAUGAAUGAAUGUAUAAUUCCUGCCACUGUAUUAACUCCCACUAUGUGCAUGUGUACUCUUCUCUACACAUUUCUAUGAUCCUCUUGUAAAGGUGAUAAAAGUCUCUGCACCAUCAAGUGACACUAAAAGUAACUCAUACUUAUGAAAUGUUUCAUUAGUCUGAGUUGUGGGGAAAGUCUUGCACUCGCCCGCACUCUCAAACCGUCCACGAUGUCCUCUGAGCCAUCCAGAAUGCUCUCCUUAUCGUCUUCUUCUUGUUCUUUUUUAACAUUAUAGCGGCUCUUCCAUCCUCUAAUCUCCCGGGUCUGGCUGUGAAAAGUAGCAUUUAAUCUGCCUGUUAACCAGACAAAAACAAGUAGCAACUAACUCAGACCGUCCAUGUGUUUCUCAUAUUCAUAUUGCUCCUCUCUUUCUGUCUCUGUCCAUACAGUAUUGCAGUCACAGUCAGUGUAAUAUUCCGUUUUUUAGGCCUACUGAGUAGCUUAACAGCAAUGAUGUCUCUAUACUUAAGCUGCAAUAUCCUUCCUUGCUUGCUGCGUCUGUGAUCAGAUACUUCUGGGCAACCAUUGCUCCGAUCUCACCAACACAAUCAGUGUUAAUCAACUUUUCCUUGAAGCUGGAAGUCUCAGUUAAGACUGUGCUGAUCUCAGUUUUAAUGCAGGUGUGGAGACUUGCAGUGUGCUGUCUUUUUACAACAUAAACUGUAGACUUGUUUUAAAAAAAAAAAAACUGUUUUGGAGCUGAGGUGAAAGGACAAAAUGGAUUCCAAGUCAAAUAUCUUGAAGUUGAUAUUUGAUGGGAUGGUCUUUGUACAUGUCCAGUCUGUCAAUAUGGCAUUUGGCCAAAAAAAAAAAAAAAAAAAAAAAAAGAAUUUAAAAAAGUGAAUGUACCUGUCACUGGAAGGCAUGCUCUGCUUUCUCUGGUUGUUUUUGUUCCUCUUUUAUACACAGUGUAUGUACUAUUUAUGAUCAUGCUUUUGGGGUGUACAUUGGUUUAAAAGAAUCUGUUAUAAAAGGUGUUAUAAAAGGAUAUAUUAUCCUGUGUACGGUUCAUUAUCUACUAUUAAUCAUGGCAACAUUUUAGCAGGCCAAUCUCGGUCUGUCAUGUUUGUGCUACAAAGCAGGAAAAAAAGAAAAAAAAGAAAAGCGUGUCUUUUUGUCUGCACCACUCUGGACACGGUUAUGUAUAAGGUGCAAUUUGUGUUAUAUUUCUUUUUUUUAAUGAUACAAACAUGUCUAUGGUUGUAAGAAAAAAGACUUUAUGGGGGAAAUUCAUCUGCUUAUUAAAAAAGCAAAACUGCAAACACAAA